UGUUUAUUAGGAGUGGUCUAAUUCUGGACCUCCUUCUUUGAAAGGCAAGCUGUAUCAGAGAUGCAUUCAAUAUAGCUGGUCAGCAAUAAAAGAUAGUCAUUGUGGCCUUGUUAAUGUAGGCAACACGUGUUACCUAAAUGCAUCAUUGCAGGUAAUAGUGCUUAUGACAAUGCAUUUCUUCUUAUAUAUGAGUGCUAUUAUUUUCAUCAUGUAAUUUUGUGUCAAGUCACUGUUCCACAUUCCUGGUUUUUUGGACUUCCUGGAAAAUGAUAAUGAACACCGAAGUGAGUGUAAAAGUCUGUUGGGAUGCGUCACCUGCACCUUGUAUAGGACAAUGCUAAAAAUGCGUUCCCAACACGUUUUCCUGCCUCUUGGGAUAGUAAACCUUCUCCGCAAAGUCAGCAAAGAUAAUUUAGUCUUUGGGAGAGAAGAAGACCCUCAUGAAUUUCUGACGAGCAUCCACCAAACUUUGCAGGCCGAGCUUCUCAUGAGGGAGACGAAGAAGGGUAACAAACCUGACUUCUGCACCCAGCAGACUACUGCUGUGGGGGAAAUAUUUGGUGGGUGGAAUUUAACUGUUGAUCAAUGUCAGUCAUGUAGGUUACAAUCACAUACAUACAAUCCAAUCAGCCAUUUGUUUGUGAGCUGUGAGGUUUCCAUCCAAUGUGGAAUUGACCGUUUACUGACCCAGCCGGAAGUAAUAGAGGAUUUUACGUGUUCCAAGGGAUGCGAGAAAACUGUCUGUCACAGGACCACAACAGUACAUUCAUACCCCAAAGUUUUAAAAGUUGUUCUCAAACGGUUUGUAUCAUUAAAAAUUAGUUUUUGGUUACCUAAAAUAUAUGAUGGAUGA